AACACUACACCAUUGACCAUUGCAAUUGUUGAAGGACGACAAUGUCAACAACGGAAGCGAGAAGGAAAGCAGAGCUCGAAGCUAAACGCGCAAAGCUCGCCGAGCUGAAGAGAGCCAAAGCGGAGCGGUCAUCCGCGUUCGCUGCGUUACAGGCACAACCCCCAGCCGGCACCGCGGGGUCACACAGCAGCGGUCCAAGUCCACCACCAACCCGCGAUAGAACCGAGAUAGACAACCUCGUCUCCUCACUCCUCGGAGAUCGACCACGUACCUCAGCUUCUACAUCCUCGCAUUCCAGCGGCGUUCCCGCAACACCGACCCAAACUGACUCUGCACCCCGUCCACAGUCCUCUUCGGCUUCGUUAGGGCUUGCAACGGCGCCGCUCGUCACGAUUCUGGAUGUUGCGCCGCCGGUGGUGAAGGAGGUUGUGACGUAUAGUAAGGAGGUUCAGACGAUGGAGGUAUGCGUUGGAAGUUACGAGGAGGGUGAGCAGAGGGAUAUGGUGGGACGGGAGACGGAGGAGGAACUACGAGCCAGAAUCCGCGUGGAGGUCGAGGAGGAGCAGAGAAGACUGGCGAAGGAAGACCAAGGGGAACAGCAAUUGCAGAAGCGUGACGUCGAGGCUACUCCAGAACUCACCGAACCGGAACUCGAUAACCUCCGCACCGCACCCUCCCUCGCCUCCUUCCUCGACCGCUCAACACGCGUACUAUCCCGUGCCCUAGCGGAAGAAAACUACGACAUCCUCAAAGAUUACUCAGCGUCACUUACCCCCACCAACACGGACACCGAAUCAUCCACACUCACGCAAAUUCACCAGUUCUACGAUACGAGCCGAGGAAGAGGACGCGCGGUAACGGCUCUUGAUUUCUGUACACAGCACCCGGAACUCGUACUCGCAUCCUACACCAAAGGCUCCGGCACAGUCGCCACGAGCACGGCGCCAGGGUUGAUCCAGAUUUUCAAUUCGUAUGCGGAUCCGGGUGUCGCGGAAUACUCGUUCACCGCACCCAGCGAUAUCUUGAGUGCGCAAUUCUCACCAUUCGAUCCGCAUAUAGUGGUAGGAGGUUUAUACAGCGGUCAAAUCAUGCUAUGGGAUCUCCGCGCCGGCGAGCGCGCAGUCCUCCGUUCACCCCUAACCACAACCUCCUCUUCCACCUCAACCGGCCUCCUAGGCCACUCAUCCCCCGUCUACGCAACCUCAAUCAUCGGAACCCAAAACGCCGCAUCCCUAAUCUCCGUCUCCACCGACGGCCAUUUCUGCGCCUGGUCCCUCGACCAACUCUCCGCGCCCCUCGAAUCCCUCCCCCUCAUCUCACCCCUAAACCACACCGAAAUCGCACCGACUUGUCGGAUGCCACCCAACCCCCGUAACCAUCGCACCACCCCCAUGUCCCCCAACCCACCCCCUAACCCCCGCCUUCGCACCCGCCCCCCCCGCCCGAUCAUACCUCGCACAACCCCACACCCCCCCCUCCUCCGUCCCCACCACGAACGCCGUCGGAUCCCGCGGAUGAAACGCGAGGGAAGGGGGAUGGGAAUGGGGGUUGGGGUUGGGGAGUUGGGGGAGGUUGUUGUUAGUUGUGGGUUGGAUUGGAGUGUGAAGAUUUGGCGGGGGCAGAAUGCGAACGCGAACGUUAGCACGAAUGGCAAGUCUGUGGGGCAGGCGAGCGCGAAGGUUAGGGAGGAGGAAGCGGCGUUGACCUAUCUCCGGGAAGAAAUUGUCUAUGACGUCGCCUGGCACCCAACCCGUCCCUCCAUCUUCGCUACCGUCGACGGCUCCGGCGCGCUGGACAUCUUCGACAUCGUCCGCGACCAAGAAAUCAGCGUCGCGCGCGCAACACUCAUCCCGCACCCAUCCACCUCUACAAACGCGAGGAGUAGAAGUUUGAAUAAAGUUAGGUGGGAAACGGGGAGCGGUGAUGGGAGACGGGUUGCAGUGGGUGGGUUGGGUGGUGUCGUUAGUGUUUUUGAUGUUGGGAAGGAGUUGGGGGGGGAGGGAGGGGGGCUGGAGGAGGCGGGGGCUGUUAAGAGGAUUUUAGGGGGUGGGAGACGAUGAGGAGAACGAGAGGAGAGUGUUUGUGCGCGUUUGGCUUGGGGGGGUUUGAGACAUCAUAGAUACCCGGGGGCCGAUUGAGAUUUGAGGGCAGGUACUGUAGCAUCUUGUGACGCGGGAAUGAAGGAUAUGUCUACUACGAUAGGUAGAGCUCAGUUUGGUUCCUUAGACACGUAAACUAUAGCUACCCUGACCCCCAGACGAGACGAGAGACGUGAUCUGUCUUUCUCUUCGUCGGUUUAAUGAAUCCCAUGAACUGCAUCUCUGCCAUUCCUCUCAAGAACCUCGCCUGGUCACCCUGCUUCCUUUCUUCCUCCUCGUCCUCCUUGUGCCGUGAUCUCGCUUGCCCGUCCUCGGACACCCCUCGACCCUCGUCUCCAUCAUCCUCGUCUUCCUUGUGUCGUCUCUCUGCAAUAGAUCCAAACGCAGUAAACCAGUCAUAGACAUUGAUCAAUGACCCACACUCCAUGUACAAUUGAUGUAGAAUGGCAG